AUGGGACCGACGCGAAAGGAGAAUGUUGAGCCUCACGUUUUCAAAGGCGCGGAUGCGAAGGGAGAAGAGAUGAGGCCUGGUCGCAGCUCCAACAGGUUAAACGCGAAUCCGGUCUCUGGUGAGGCAAGCUCUGCCUGUCCAGAUGUGACUCUGGGUGGUAGAGGCCCGGUUCGUUCUCAACGUGAGGACGGUGAUACACAGGGCUUGAAGCUAGAUGAGCAGAUGCUAAAGAACCGAAAAACAUGGGAGUUGGCAAAGGAGUCGGGCAUUGUGCUGGUCAACGAGGAAGAAGACAUUAUGGUUGUGACAAGAUUUGAUGUUGCAAGACUUUGGAGGCAAGGUGGUGCAGGCUGGGACUUUGUUGGCUCUGAUAGUGCAGCGGGUGGACUAUUGUUAAUAUGGGAUGAAUCAGUGUUUAAAAAGAAUAAUUGUUAUAAGGGAGAGAGAUGGUUGUGUGUUAAAGGGGUCCUGGUAAAGAAUAAUUACAGUUGUGCUAUUUUCUUGGUUUAUGGUGCACAUAAUAGAGAUGCGAAGCUUCAGGUGUGGGAAGAGAUGAGUUACAUGGCUAGAUUAUGUCAGGUUUCUAGCUGCUACAUGGAAGAUUUUAAUGAAAUAGUGCAUGUGGAAGAAAGGCAAGGUACUGAUGUUCUACCUAGGUCGGCAGAAGAAUUCAGGAGUUGGAUACAAGAUAUGCAUUUAGUGGAUCUGCCGCUCACAAAUCGCAAGUUCACAUGGUUUCAGGGACACUCUUGCAGUCGUAUAGAUAGAGCUCUGGUUAGCAUAGAGUGGUUGGAAGAGUUCCUUGAGACUCGGAUACGCAGUGAACCAAGGGGCUUGUCAGAUCACUGUCCUGUCAUCUUAGAGUACAUGGGGCAGAGGGUAGGGCCAAGGCCAUUCCGAAGUCUAGAUUCAUGGUUUACACAUGAAGGCUUCCUUAGCUUCGUAAAGGAGGAGUGGAGAGGAUUGGGGGAGAUGCAGUUCACAGAUAAGUUGAAGGCUCUAACAGUCCCGUUAGGAAAUUGGCAUAAGUCUAAAUUUGGGGAUAUGGACAAGAAGAUUACAAGGUUUGAGGAAAAAAUUAAGAAGAUUGAUAAUUUGGUAAGAACUGGGGUGUAUGACGGAAUGAUGGAGGCUAGGAGGAAGGCGUUGGUUACCUGCUGUGAGAGGUGGUAUGCCAGGAAAGAAGUCCAUUUGAAACAGAUGUCGCGGUCUCGGCAAGCUAAGGAGAUGGACAAAAAUACGAGAUACUUCCACAACAUAGCUUCAGCAAGACGAAGGAAUAAUAGGAUCAAUACACUAUUGAUCAAUGGUAGGCUGGUCAAGAAUCAAGCCAGAAUAAAAAUUGCUAUUAAGGAAUACUACAAAGAGUUAUAUCAAUAG